GAAAUUUUAUGAAGCCUAUGGAGCUGGUUCAGGUAUGUUUGAUCUAGCAAGAUCAAAUUAUAAAUCUCCUUGUCAGAGGUUUGUUGAGAAAUACAAUGAACUGAAGAAGAAGGAGGAAGACAUGGAUGAAGACUUACUAUUUGCAGAAACAGGGAAAGCACUUUUGGCAGAAGGUCUGGUUUUAUCAAGAAAGAGCAGGAAAGUGGCUCCGAUGCCUCCAUCAUCCGUGCCUGUAUUAGAGCUUCAAGAGAUAUUUCAGCAAGAGGAGAUCAGCACCGAAAACCCAGAGCCAAAAACGGAGCCCAGUGAAAAGCCAAAGGAAGAAUCCUCCUAAUAACUCUGUGAUUCUGUUUACAACCAGUUUUUAUCGACUCUGUGACCUUUUGCCAGAAAGACUCUUCCCAAGGUUCUGAUUUUCCCCCUUGUUGGAAAUGCUGAGCAUACCGUAGAACGAUUGCAAGAACUAUGUUAUGGCACGCUUUGGCAAGUCAGGUUCCCUAAAGCGCAUCUUUUGACAAACGAUGGAUUUGAUUAUUAAAAUCGUUCUCUGAAAAACGUU